AUGAGCUCUGCGCCGUCGUCUUUCCGCGGACCUCUGGAGAAACAGAGUUCGGCGUGCGUCACCCCCUCCGCGGGCUUUGGGGAGCGGCGGUCGGACCUGGGCGUGGAGACCCUCGCGGUGCCGAUGGAGUCCAACGCGCCCGAAGGGGCGCGACGCAAACCAUUUUUCCUCGCCGGGAGUCCCGACCGCGCGUGUGCAGCCGAGGAGACGCCCCGUGCAUCCGAGGUUUCUUCGGGAGAGGUAGCGAUGUACGAAACACUGCAGGACGUGGUGUCGGACUUCUCCAAGGCUUUCCGCGUUUCUUGCCCGCACUUGCCGUGUCCUCCCGUCUCUCCCUUCCCCGACCCUUCCGCCAUAGCUGGAGAAUGUGGAACGGAGUCUGAGAGGCAGGAACAUCCCGUGCGCGCCGCCUCCACCUCUUCGGCUCCCCGACCGUCUGGAGUGUCGCUGCCUCGGGAAACGAGCAACGGAGACUGGUGUCCCCUCGAGAUUCCUUCUCUCUCCCCUGGACUCCACCCUGGUUCUCUCAGUAUGCGUCAGCACGCGUCUUCUCACGCAAAGUGUUCGAGAUUUGCCCCUGCUUCGCGUCUCCUUCCCCCAUCCGAUUCAGCCUGUGGGGACAGUUCCGCUGCGUCCGUGCAGCUCGAGAAGGAAGCCCCCGCCGUCUCUUUUCGUGGUCACGCGCAGGAUCCAACGGCGUCAGUCCGAGUCGAAGAGACGUGUGUGUCGUCUUACCUUGCUCCUCCCGAACCGCCGAAACGCCCCUCAGAUGACUCUCCAUCACCAGAGAGAAGACCUGAGGCAAACAGUCCCAUGUUUUCCUCUGCGUCUUCGCCUCCUUCCUCUGCGUCUUUGCCUCCUUCCUCUGCCUCCGCGGGUCUGCCUGUUCCUCGAAACCGAUGUCUGCGGUGUCUUCAAGAGCACUUUCUGUCUUGUCCGUCGUAUGGGUGGCGCCCCCGCAGCCCUUCUUCGCGUAUAUAUGCAGCUCGCGUGAAGUGUUUCGCGAUGCUUGACGCCCUCAAACGCCACGCACCUUCCUGGGCAGAAGACGAGUUGAUUCCCACGGCUUUCCACGGGCUCAUGUCGCCGUAUGCGUACCACUCGGCGCGCGUCUUUUGCUGCUCAGCUGCCGAUCUCUCAGCGUACAACGAAAUCUUUGGGCGCUGGCUGACCAAGGUCGCGUUCGCGUGGGGGGCGGAGCGCGUCCCCCGGGCGUCAGGCGCCGAGGACGAGGCGAAUCAGCCCGAAGCGCGAGGUGAGUCCUCGUGCGCCGCUUCGCUUGCCGAGGCGGCUUUCUCUCCAUGUGGCGAGGCAGUGAACAGCGAGCAAAGCGCGAAACCUAGAGAGAGUGGAAAGACCCCAAUCGAGUCGCCGUCCCGAGGCUCCGACUCGGCGCCGUGUGGUGAGGGAGGAGACGAAGGUCCGGGACGUGCGAGCCCGAAAAGUUCGCAAGGGCGACACACAAACGAAGCGAGAGAUGGGAGUCGGAACUCCGAGCACGAAGCUGACUCGGCGGCUCUGGGGCUGACGGCACGAAGCGAAGAGGAAGAAGUCAAGGAAGGUGUCGGGGGCCCGUGGGCUGGGCAAGACGCUGGGGAACCAAUCACCUUCGCAGAUCUCGCUCGGCAACUGGACGCUGAGCUCCCACCUUUUGAAGGUGAUGCACUGUGGACGCAGGAAAGAAUAGACGUACGAGACGGGGCAGACGAAAGGGAAACGGAGGACUCGCCGAAACGUCCUGAGCGAGAGGAAUCCGACAGGGGAGAAGUGGAAGGGGUGCGAGGCGAUGCGUCCCCGCGUUCCUGUCUCCUGGAGGGCGAAGAGGGAGAAGGGAGAGAAGAGGCGACUGGAGGGUGGAGUCUGUCGCAGUUCCAGCAGGCCGAAGUCCACUCGCGGCUUCUCCGCUUUGUUCGGCAGCAGUCGAAGAAAAGACAACCUGAGCCGGCAGGAAUGCGUCUCCAGAGAAUCCACAGCGCCCUCGUUGCGUUCCUCCGGAGGUACGACACAGACAAACCGUCGCCCAGCCUGCUGUACUCCCCGGACAGCGCUGGAGUUGGCUGUGCGGCUCUGGACGGCUCGGAGGGAAGGCGACCGCUGCCCGAACCGGCAGAGGAUGCGGGGGCGUGGAGCGAGACAGAAUCGAAAGGAGCAUCGAGACCUCCACGUUCGAGCAGCGACUCGCUCUUCUUCUUCGAGUCGUCCCAUCUCCAUUUCUCUGCUUUGCGGCCGGCGAUUCUGCGAACCUUUCUUCGGACGAGUCGCCUCAAGUUUCUCCAGCGGGAAGAAUCGCACCACGCUGGGCUGCCUGGGCAGCCGCUGUGUCUAAACAGUCGCCUGCUGCGCGCAUCCGGCUGGGGAAGGCUCACGUGUGGGGGCUUCCGGUCAGGCGCACUGGGGGGACGGGGCCUCGGCGAGGAAGGCAACUCUGAGGAGGCGCGAGGGAGCGACGAACGGAGCGAAGAAGGCGAACCGAAGAAGAGAAGAUCCCGCCUCAACCUCGCACGUGUGCUGCUGGAAGAGGAAGAAACGACAGCUGAAUCCGAGGGAGGCAGUCGGCAGGACGCCGGGGGAGAGGAAGGAAAGCGAAUGAGAGGCAGGAGCGGCCGAGGCGCACCAAGGGAUGACGAGAGGCAGGAGAGAGAGAGACCGAGGCAGAACCACGAUACGUGCAUCGAGUUCAGUCGCGCCUGGGAACAGAGCGUGGAUGACGUUCUGGACGCGCUCGACGAAUUGAGAAGUGAAGUCGAGGCAGCGCGUUCCGCGCUUCCCACGCCACCGCCAGCUGUCUCUCCAGGGGAUGCUCCAGAGGCCGGCGCAGAUUCCGAAAACCCUUGCAGCGCUUCGUUUUUCUCGGAAUCGUCGUCGGGUUCGGCGCCCGGUCUUGCUAGCCCGCACACUCACUCUCUGCCGCUUAUCUCUCCCACAGACAUUGCUCGGGCGUCAGGUCUGUUGGGACGCGACCAGUUCCAUUUCCCGUUUUCGUCGCCUGCCGUCCAGCUGCCGAAGCAGUUCAGCGUGGCGAAGAGGGACUCGCGGGUGGCUGUCGCUUGUCGCCGCGUUGCAUGCGGGAGCUCCGCGCGGCGCUCGCAGAUUACGGGGAAGCGGUUUUCAGACGAUUCUCGAGCAACCUCCUUCGACCUCGCUUCAGCUGUCCUCUUUGGAGACCCCGCAGUCAGUGGUCCCCUUCCCAAGAAGACUCGGCGGUCUUUCCAGGCUCCUGGCAGCGUCUCGCAGGCUCGGGAAGUGCGAGAAGGCCAGGGCGCGGGUUCCAGAGAGAGCGGCCUAGAGAGAGGAGGCAGCCUCGAAGAUCUCGCGUCAACCACACUGGUGGAAGAGGCCGUUGCUAGAAAAAAGGGAAGAGACGAGAGCAGGCACGCAAGUCCUGCAUGCGAGGUCGGGGCUACGCGAGGGCCCCCUGGAUCCUGGAGCCUCCAGGUGGGUUCCCAAUCGAGUCUACGGUCUUCCCGGCGCGUGUGCUUGCGCACGAGUGACGCGGACGGAGAGAGCGAGAGGCAAAUGUGCGUGGCUGAGGGAGGGGGGGCGAGUGUGGUGAGAGCAGAAGCGGGGCAGUUCUUGGAGGAAAAAAAGGAGAAACAGGACCACGAGGCUGCUGUGGCGUCUGGAGAAGAAGUGGCUGGCGUGAAUGGAACGCAUAGCGGGGCGGCUGAAAGCGAGACGUCGAAGUCUGCAGCGCGUGUUUAG